ACGAAGUCACGGCAUCAUUCAGCUAAAAAACAAAACGGAAACGGAAGGUUCAGCCCAUAUCUGGACUGACGCGACUGCUGAAGGCUCGGCUAGAGUCGGGAAUGUGGUGCGAAUGCCGCAUGUAGUCAGGAAAGGCAUGCGGUGUAAUUGUGACGCCGUGCCGUCUUCUCCCUGGAGGGUUGUGGCGUGAGACAAGUGCUGAGAACAGCUUCACGGCAUUGCUAUCCGAGGCCCAGCCUCGUCCCACAACCCCUCCACCUCUAGAGAGAGGGAGCUACCUUUAGUUAGCUGACCGACACCGGCGACAUCCAUGCGCGUCGAAAAACAGGUGUACAGUUUCAUCGCGCGGACGCUCCACUGACUGCAGAAACCCCGUGGCUCGGUGUGUGCUCGUUCCCUCCGAGCUUGGUGAAGUGAAAACUUAAGUCACUUCAUAUGGAGGAAGCUGAUUUCCUGACGAUAUUUUGCAGAAUUUGUGGAGUGAAGCGACAGUCGUUUUAAGGCAUUAGACGGGGUAAGAUCUUGGAAUAAAGGAGUCCAGAAGGGGACACUUUUCCUGAGCAAGAAAAAGGAGGAGAACAUCAGAAAAGAAGCCAAAGAGGAAGGAAACUGGGACUUGCAGCUCAUCUAUGUCUGACCCUUCGUAGCAAAUUUUUUGGUUUUUAUGACGGAAAGUGUGUCUGCCUGCAGUGGAUUGAUAAGAAGUGCUCUUCAAUAUGAAUACAGAUAGCGGAGGAUGUGCUCGCAAAAGCGUGGCCAUGUCUGUUAUGCUCUCUCCCAUGAAGAGGGUCCAGAGCUCACCUAAUCUCGGCACAGGGAGUGAUUCUCACUCAUCAGACUUGGAUUCUUGGCGGUCACGUAGUGUAACUGAUGGUUUAAAGAACGGAGAUGCUAGCAGCUCAUCUCUUGCUGCUAAAGGCUUCAGAAGCGUCCGACCCAACCUGCAAGAGAAAAAGUCACCGACGCAGGGGCCUCCUUCCCCUGACCCCACAGCGAGGCACUCCCCCUAUCGCUACCAGAGCUCUGAAUCACUCGACUACCCGUCAAGCCUAAUGCCCAAGGCGCUAUCACCCACCCCGUAUGUUCCUACUGGAGCUGGUAACAGAGCUGGUGUGAUCAGUGGGCCGAGCCUUGCGGCAGUCAGCAGCGUGAGCAUCGGUGGCUGUGUGUCACCCUCGGCUUCCCCUGUGACAGUGUCAGCUCUCAGCCACUACUCGUCAUCCACGGCGGGUCUACUAGAUGAGCUGCAGAUCUGUAGUCUGGACUCACCCGGUGCCUCACCCACGCCAUCGCCCACGCUCAGCCAUGUCUCUAUCUACACAUCCACUGCUGGCCCUGAUGAUGCUCUAACAACCUCUGUGGGCGCCACUGCUGCCGCAGCCAGUGUCACUAAUGGCCAGGUCCUUUCUCAGGCUAUGAAUGGAAGUACCAGCCACCCACAGAGGCCCAUGUCCCCGCCAUCUUAUCCUCCACCCCCUGCCUCACUCCACAGUGGGCUUCAGAGACAGAGCAGGAGUUCAGAGGGCAGUGAGUCAGUCUCCAGAGAAUCUGUUUUGUCUGGCCACACCAGCAUCAGCAGCACUGUGCCCAUUGCUCGCUUCUCAGAAGAAGAGAAGAAGGUGUCUGUCAUUAAAGCCCCACAUUAUGAAGGCAUUGGUCCUGUGGAUGAGUCGGGUAUCCCUAUUGCCAUUCGCACGACAGUGGACAGGCCCAAGGAUUGGUACAAAACUAUGUUCAAACAGAUUCACAAAGUUCACAAAGCAGAUGACGACUAUUCUGACACAUACAAUGCAACAUAUGCUUUCAUAAAUAGUGACGACUACAGCCUGUCAUCUAGCACCACCAUGGCCCACCCACCUCCUCAAACACAUACAUACAGGCCUCUAUCCAAGAGCCCUUCAGACAACGGAGGGCAGCUGGGGCCUCCAGAGCCUUCUCCGUCCCCUGUACCCCCACCACCUCCACCCAUGCCAUCCCUCCUCCAACUCAGAGCCAGAGACAGUGACCGUGAGAAAGAUUCACCAGACAUGAACGAGUGGGGUCCUCCUGACAGGAAGGUGGACACACGAAAAUACCGUGCAGAGCCCAAGAGCAUAUUUGAAUAUGAACCUGGGAAGUCUUCCAUCUUGGAGCAUGAAAGACCAACCUAUGAUGACAUAGAUUUAGAGAACGAGCCUUGGUAUAAGUUCUUUUCCGAGCUGGAGUUUGGGCGGCCGCCUCCUAAAAAACGGCUGGAUUAUAAUCCAGACAUCUCCGCUCGCCAGCGCAUUGAGACAUCCCUCCACAUCGGUCCUGCUGACAAGGCUUUGGAGAGACCUGCAAGUGCUGCCAGUGACUACAGGAAGAGAAGGAAGUCUGAGCCAUCAAGUUCCCAAGCCAAUGCCCCGUCUCAGAACAGAGCUGCAACAUCUCCUAAACCUGUGGAUGCCUAUAGACCCAGCAGCAGCCUAAAGAAACCUGUCAUACGAUCCUCACCCUCCUCACCCUCCAGAGCCAAAGGUGGGGACGCAUGCAUCAUGUAUUCAUACAGUCUGACCUCCCCAGGUCCUCAUGAGAGCACCUCUCUUCCCCCUGUCCUUUCUGACUCUGAUCAUUGCCAUGAGGAUGCCAGCCAGGAGGACAGCUCUUCCUCUAAGCAGUCCGUCUGUUGUACAACCACUUGGCAGGCAAAAAGCCAGGAAGCUGAGACAUGGAGCAGUGCAAAGGAGGUGCCGCCCUCCACUGGCAAGCUCAAGUCACGCAGCUGUGAUGACUUGCUCAAUGAUGGUCAUUCUGGUUCAGGUGGGCCCAAUGCCACCCGCUCAGAAAGUGCUGGGUCACUGGUGUGUGACGGAAAUCCCCCACCAGUAACAACAUCCACUCGCUCACUUCCUCGUCUUCACCGGCGACGCGCACAUGAUUCACCGGGCUUUCUCCAGCUCUACCGUAAGAUGCACCAGAUUGACCGAACUCAGCUCAUCCCAUCUGAAGUUAUCCGCUCGGUCCGCGCUCGUAUCCUAGAGCUAGAGCGCCAGCCUCAUCUACAUCGCCAUCGCCUUUCACCUUGGGUUCCCUCCUGGGGUGUGGAAGUGCCACGUGAUAUGGUGCCAAACCGUGUUUCUGCAUAUGAGAGUCUUAUUCAGAAGUCCAAAUCAAUGCCAAACUUGGGUGAUGGUGAAGUGCCUUCGGGCACUACUACACCAGGUGGCUCAUCAUCUCGUGCUAGCAGUGGUGGCGGUGGAACACCUAGUUUACCAAAACGUCGUUUUUCCAUAGAAUCAUUACUAGAGGAAGACAAUAAUGCAAAUGGUGCACCUGUGCCUCACAGCAUGGAUCACUUGCAUCGACCUCGUAGCCCACCUGAAGGGCAGCCUCGCGUUGGGCCAGAACCUGGCCGUGGCCAAUCAUUUCCAGCUCCUCCUGUUCCACAAAGCCCACAAGCAAACCCAGACUAUUCUGACAGUGAACAAGAUGCUGUUGCAUCAGAUCUCAGUGAUUUCAUUCAAGUGGAGGGUUCCUCAUUCUGCAGUGAGAGUGACUUUGACCAUUGCUCGUUAACUUCCUCUGAGAGCCUUUAUGGUUCUUCCACCCUGCACCAUCAUCACCUUCGUCAUCACCACCACCACCAUCACCAUCCCGGUCAUCAAAGUCUUGGCCAGAACCAAGGUUACCAACACCGCCACCUCAUCAGCACCUGUAAAGGCCGCUGCCCAGCCUCAUACACCCGUUUCACCACCAUGCUUCACCAUGAGAGAGAACGGGCACGACAGGAGCUCCAGAGACCUUCACAGCAGAGCCGCAGCAGCCAUUCCCAAAUCCAGGGCUCACAGUCCCAGCAAGCAAUGUCCAAGCUGGCCUUCUUGGUCAGCCCAGUGCCUUUCCGCAGGAAAAAGGGCUCACCACCUACCUCUAGAAGAAGCUGUAGUGGCGGAGGUCGAGGUAGCAGACCCAAGUCCAAACAGGCCAUUUAUGAGGCACUCGAUGCAGCCUUGAGAGACAUUUAUGAGCACAUUCAAGCAGAGAGAGGCCACAGAAGCUCUAGGCCACCUGAUGAUAGCAUCUUGAGGAGAAUACUGGCAGAGCUGCUGCCAAAUGUGCCUGAAAGAAGCUCCUCCUUACGUGGGAGGAGGGGGUGUUGGCACGGGGGUCACUCAUCUGUAGCUUUGUACCCAGAUGGAAGCCCCACUGGGUAUGCUUCAUAUAGAGGGGAGCCCUCCACACCGAGGGUACAGUCACCACGGCUACAGUCACCAAGGCUACAGUCACCGAUCAGUGCCUGUUACGGACGACACUUGGAAGCCUCAAACAAUAAUGAAUAUGGAGAAGAGCAGAGCAAUGGAAAUGGUCUCUGUUAUUCAGACCAGGAUGUGUCCAGGAGUUAUUCCACCUUGGAUGGGCGCCACACACCCCAGAGCAGAAGACCCACCCCUGACAGAGAGGUCUCCCAUAAGCAGAUGACACAACUUAUUCUGUUCUCUCUCCUUCAUCAGAAACAGCCUGCAAGAGCCAUUUAUGAUUUUAAGGCACAAACGGCUAAGGAGUUGACAUUUAAAAAGGGUGAUGCAGUGAACAUCAUCAGGCAAAUAGAUAACAACUGGUACGAAGGAGAGCACCGGGGACGGGUGGGGAUAUUCCCCAUAGCUUAUGUAGAGAAGAUGCCGUCCUCAGAGAAGCAGCAGCCAAUCCGACCGCCUCCUCCAGCACACGUCAGAGAGAUUGGAGAGGCAGUUGCACGCUAUAACUUCAAUGCUGACACUAAUGUGGAGCUGUCAUUAAGAAAGGGUGAGAGAGUUAUUGUAAUAAGGCAGGUGGAUCAGAACUGGUACGAGGGGAAGAUCCCAGACACAACCAAACAGGGCAUUUUUCCAGUGUCCUAUGUUGACAUUGUCAAGCGCUCUCCAUCCAAGAGUUCUGCCUAUUACAUGGAUCCACAUGGUUACCAUGGCAACAGGACAACACAGAGUUCCACACCAGUUAAGCGGUUAGUACAAGAUGCACUCCACGGUGGAGGUGAUCCAUACCAGGCUCUGUACAACUACAUACCUCGCAAUGAGGACGAGCUGGAGCUGAGGGAGGGAGACAUCGUUGAUGUGAUGGAGAAGUGUGAUGAUGGUUGGUUUGUUGGGACCUCGCAAAGGAGCAAGUUGUUUGGAACCUUCCCAGGAAACUACGUAAAGCAGCUAUAAUGAUGAUUCCAGACUCCCUCGUGGCCUCAUCCCUUUCUGUGGCACGUUCAUCGCCGUCAGCACAGCACCCCGGAGGACAUCAACAAACCUGCAGCACACACACUUAUGUGUUUGCCUACAUGUGUGGCUUGUCAGCUUCACAAAGACAGAAUCUUUAGCUCUAACUAGCCAUCUUUAAUGGAAGACUUCUAUGAGAUAAUACUGUUUUUUAAUCUUAUCUUUUUACCUUUAUUUUUCUAUCACGGACAACCCAAAAUUUGUGCUCCGUUCAGUGACCUUUAACUUUUGACGAUGACAGAAGAAUAUUGAGGACCGCAGUGAUUCUGAAUUUCUGUUUCAGCUUUUUUUUAAGGGCAGUAAGAUCACCAAGAUUACAGCUUUUUUUUCAUUUUUCGGCAGCAACCCGAAAUUUAAAAACAUUUAAUUGCAUUUACUUACUGUUAAUUCCAGUGUUCAAUGACAAAUAUCCCCAAAGAUGGCGAGUGCAGAGUAUUGUAUUUAAAAAAAAAAAGCAAACAAACAAAAGAAAACAGUAUUUAGUCAGUUGUCAGAACCUUGUUUUGGGGAUUUAAGCCAAACUGAUGGAUCAUCACAGUUUCAUGUGGAAAAAACUGUGCAUCUAUCGAUGUUGUGUUACCCAGACUUUCCAUUAAUGAAAAAUCAUUAUUAAUCAGUUGUUUCUGUUUAUGGCGUAAAAACUCACUAACAAUGCUGUACUUGUUGUUUUAACUAUAACAUGGGAAAAUGCAAAAAAUAUCUUAAAGUUGCUGGUUUUGUCAUCUAAUCAUUUUCACAUUAGGAUCGAUGCACUUUAGCAAAACCUGAACACAGGCUUGUGUUUGUUUUUAUUUCAAGCGUCACCUCAGAUUUGAGACAGUACUCUCUGACUGCGGGGCCUCAGGGGACAUGUGUGGGAAGUGUAUGCAGAAAGCUUGCUGACCUUUUAGGUAUUAUAUUUAUUAGAGGACGAACUGUUGAUCAAACUAUGUUAUAAAGUUGUUUUUAGAAAGGAUGAAUACCACGUUGCUUUUUGUAAACAUAUUUUAACAUCACCUGACUUACAUUUGAAGGAUUUCUCUGUUAUUGUCAAGCGUCAUUGUCCAGUUAGGUUCUAGUAAAGACAAAUAACCAGAUAGCUGAUAUAAUGGGAUAUAAUGAAUUGCCAGCUUUCAUGUGUAAUGUUGAAUUUAUUUAAGAUACAGGAUGAGAUAGCAGUUGAUAACACUGCAGUUGAGUCAUUGCAGUUUUUCCUGAUGUACUGAUGGCGCCUUUUAACCCUGCUGUCAGAGUGAGUGGGUAGUGCAUCACUGUUCACGUGUGAUUAUUAUUUGGAAAAAUUGGCAUUUUCCAUCUUGGCUUGUCAUGCUAAGUAAAUCCAAUCUGUGUCUUUUUGUUUUUUUUUCUCAUUUUAUGUCACACAAUGGAUGGACACUGUCAACAAAGCUAUUGUUAAAGCACCUUAAAGAUAUGUUAUCAUUCAUUGUCCUUCACGUCACUCCCCGUCAUUCACUGUGUCAGCUGGUGUGAGAACACUUUGUGUGUGUGUGUUUGUGGUGUUUUUGUAAGCCUUUUGUAUGAAAGCUGUAAAAUGGCCAACAUCCACUUGCUUUAUAAACUCAGCUUUUUCUCACCUAC